AGUUCACCUUCCUGGCUAUGGCUUUCAGGUCUGUCCAGGACUACUUACUCCAGUAUAAAACUGAGAGCAGAAAUAUGAUCACAUACUAAGAAGUCUAAUCAAUUCUGGUUUCAACACUGAGCCUAUUUAAAAUAGAUAAUGGAAUUGCUGUUCCUUGUUCUGUUCUCUCUGCACAUUCUCAAGACAGAGGCAUUAGUUGGAGUCCAUUGGUGCUAUCAGUCACAGAAGCAUGACCAGCCACUUUGUAAAGAUCCUCGACAAUGGUAUACUGCAUACGCCACCUGCAAAGGAAACAAACAGUCACCUAUCAAUAUUGUCACCAAAAAUGUCCUUUAUGACAAAAACCUUAAGCCACUGAAUUUUGAAGGAUAUGAUGUGAAGGGAUCUUCAAAAUGGAAGAUAGAAAAUAAUGGACAUACAGUUAAAGUAACAUUAAGCACAUCCCCUAAAAUUGGAGGUGGAGGUCUGGAAAGAAAAUACAAGGCGAUAGAACUUCAUUUGCACUGGGGAGUCCAAGAUGGGCAGCAAUACAUUCCUGGGUCAGAGCACAGCAUAGAUGGAGAAAAACAAGCCAUGGAGCUUCAUGUUGUCCACAUAAGAGAUGAUGUUUCGGAUAUAACGGAAGCAAAGAAAUAUACAGAUGGUGUGGCUGUGUUAGCAUUCUUUAUAAAGGUUGAAGAAGAAAAUAAAAACUAUGCAGCUCUAAUAAAUGAAUUGGAGAAUAUUGAAUACAAAGGGCAAACAGCACAGAUGGAGCCUCUGCCACUGAGUUCUCUUCUCCCACCUGAGGAAGACCUUAGAAGGUACUAUCGGUACAAGGGCUCCCUCACCACUCCCGACUGCCAUGAGGGUGUCACCUGGACGAUAUUUGAGAAGCCAAUUGAACUCAGUGUUCUGCAGAUUUCUCAAUUCUCAACAGUUCGCUUUGAUGGGGAGAACUCAACUCACAUGGCUGAAAAUUUCCGGCCUGUCCAGUUUCUGAAUGAACGAAAGGUGUACUGGUCCAGUGCCAGCACCCUCCUGCCUACUGCUAAGGUUCUAAUGUUGGUCCUGAUGCUUACGUACAUCCUGAGUUCUCUUUGCCAAUGAACACUUCUCACCUCAUUCAAGGUUCUGGGCUUUUUGGAGGUGUUUUUUUUUUUGUUGCUGGUCGGUUGGGUUUUUGUAUCAAGUAUUCUGUCGAACUACCAACUCAUGAAUCAUAUCUGAAUACAGAAUUUAACCUCUUCCUCCUCCAGACACUAACCAAGGACUUCUGUUGCUGCUCUUAUAUAAAAUUAAACGCAUUGCACUAAAUUGCAAGAAUUCAAAGGAACCGUAAGAUAAAGCUAUGAAGAUUCAAACUUAAAAAAAAAAAACAAAAACAAAAAAAAAAACAAACCAAAACUUAAAGAAAACAUUAGGAUGGCUUAUCUGCAAGCCUGUAGUUUUAACACAACACUGGAAGGACACUUUACAAGCUAUACUGAGGACCUACGGAGGAAUCUGUUCUUAAGUGCCUAUGAAUGGUUUUUCUUGGAAUAUGUUUACAUUCAGCACUGCAAAUCAGGAAGACAGUAAUACAUGGAGUAAUUCUUGUCAUCCCUACAUGAAGGUACAACACAGAGCAAAGAAAAAGCGCUCACACACAAUUGAGCAACAUCUGGGUCAUCCUACGUAGUGAAGGAUAUGUGACAAAUUUCACCUGUACUAAACCCCCUCUUCUUCCUUCAGAAUAUCUGAAAUUAAUUCUUAGAUGAAGAUACUGGAUUUCUUUCAUCUGAUCUACUGAUUCUGGAUUUCAAGUUUCUCUAUUAAGCCUAUUUAUUCAGCGUAGUACAGCGUCUUCCCCUGGGAUGCCCAUGCCUGAUACCAUGUGCUAAAAAGGGAAGCUCAACCACAUAUAUUAAUUGCACAUUCAUGGGAAUUCCCUCUCUUUGGAGGGCUGCAUUUGAAGCAUGAGACUUUGGUGAUCCUUUACAGUUUUCAUUUUCCUAAGAAAAUGGGACAGCUCAAGAAAUGGCUCUUUCCAUUUUAGAAGCUUUUAAAUUUCAGCUUGAACAUUUCAGCAUGAACAUUUCCCUACGAAUUUCCCCCUCCCUUAUUUUUGUGUAAUGACAUUCCUGUAAAAUAUUCACAUAUGGUUAAGAUUCAUAGUUUUCCCAAGAAGACUGUGAUUUGAACUGAUUUCUUCAGAUCUUACCUAAUUACUUACAGAAAAUCUCAAUAUAUUGGGAAAUGGGAUUUCCUUAUAUUAUUCCAGUUCUCUCUCUGAAGACAGACCUAACAGUUUUCUUCGUCUAUUGCCAUAUAACACGUCUUCUUUUAGAAUUUUAGAUUUCGGCCAGACCAAAAUAAGAUUUCAUAUUAGCAGACUUGUAUUUUUUUUUAUUUAGGGCAAUGUUUGCAGAGAUGACUUUAUGCUACAGCUAUGUGGCCAUUUUCAGGAAAAUCAUGGCAGUGAGACUAACCACAGCUCACCAAAGGAGAAAAAGCAGAGUGAAAAAUUAUUUUCAUAUUUAACAAUUAGUAAUAUAAGCUUCCAAAAACCACAUGGGAAAGCAAAUUCACCUUUUUAAGUUUAGAGGAAUGAUUAAGACUUUAACUGUAUUUUUAGCUAAAUGAAAAACUUUUGAGAAACCUACAUAAAUGAAAGAUUAAAGUUUAA